AUGAGUACAGCUCCGGCAUUAUCGCAACUGGAGGGCGAGCUGGUACGCCGUCGACUGCCUCUGAUAUACGACUACCUGUCGCCUCAACCGUCACAUCUACUGAAUCUCUCCCUCAACAGCCUCCUUACGCAAACUCAGAGCUCUUCCCCUGCUUUCAACGAGGCACAAUGGCGUCUCCCGUCAAUAACGAACCCGAAUUUCAUGCCUCGUUGUCACCAUCUAAUAUACUUCCCACCACAAGUUCCUUCACCAGAACUUCUUCCGGACGGCUGCGAUGAACUGCAUUCCCCUGGCCAGCCAUUUAAUCGCCGAAUGUGGGCAGGUGGCUCUGUCCAGUUCUUCGGUGAAGGUGGACCGCUACUGAAUGGGCAGAGAGCCGUCUGCGUCGAGGGAAUACGCGAAGUGAAUAUAAAAGGCAAGGAAGGCGAAGAGAAGAUAUUCGUGGGCAUUGAGAGACGGAUAGCUACAAUGGAUGAACAUGAAAGUGACGACGGAGUCAGAGACAGGGUGUGGACUCAAUCUGAAGAGGAUCAAGGAGAUAGCAUCGUCAUCGAACGACGCAAUCUUGUUUUCAUGAAAGAUAGAACAUCGGACGAGAUCGAAGCUUCAAAAGCUACCGAAUCUUCUCCACGAAGAAUAAUGAAAGGUGAUUACGGCUCUACAUCUAUUUAUUAUUUUCAAACCGCUAACGUCUGGCUCGUAGUCUCUACGAACCCCGAACUUAUCCAAACCAUUAUACCGUCAAAAGCCCUUUUAUUCAGAUACUCGGCUCUCACAUUCAAUGCUCACUCCAUACACCUCGACCGAGACUACGCGUGCAACGUUGAAGGAUAUGAUGACCUCCUUGUACACGGGCCAUUGACACUUACGAUCAUGCUUACGGUGUUCCAGAGUCAUGCAGCUUCCUUAGGACAGACAGUUUCUAGUAUCGAGUAUCGAAACUUGGCGCCGCUUCUGGUUGAACGUGAAAUGAGAGUUUGCGCUGCACGAAAAUCCAACGGGUCGAGUGGUAGCUGGGAUAUCUGGGUUGAGGGUAACGAUGGAGGGUUGGCGGCUAAAGGAACGAUCAGAACGACACCGGUUACACCUAAUUAA